GAAGUGGAGAGCUCAGUCGCUGCAACCAAAACAAAUAUGGCGGCCACAAUACCGAAGGUAAACACAUCGCGUCCCUGUGUUCUCUCCGUCUGUCUUGCGUUAGCAGCUCAACUCCACACACAACACGUGUUAUAAAGGGACCAGCUAACAAACCGUUUUUGAAUCUGUUUCCAACGGCGAGCCGCAACGAAACCCGGAAAACAAGCGGAAGUGUCUGCCUCUCGUUUGAAACUAAACAUCCGCCGCGGCAACGCGUGUGUUUACUACGUUGGCUCGUCGUCUCAGCGGAACAAAUUCGAGGAAAAUAUGAGAAUGAACCGUCUCGUCCAUUCCGCCGACCGACUCGUUUCGUGCUGUCCCGCCUGACUCCCAACGGACAACACGAUGUAGCUAACGUUAGCUUACGCUAACGUCUGUGUGUCUUGCACCGAGCAAAUUGACGUUAACACGACAUGGACUUUACCGUGGAGCGCUGAGAGCCAAACACGCACACACACACUGCCAUGGGUUUGGUGAGCUUCGUAUUCGGCACUGUGGGAAAAUGCCUGGACGCCGCCUGCUUACUGCUGGACCUGAAUUUUGUCAUCGUCCACAGCGUGGUGCGCGCCGUGCUUGCGGUCGUCUCCUUCAUAAACAGCCUGCCCACCCUGCUCCUCCACUCCGUGAUGGAGCUGGGGAACCUGGCCGUGUUUUGCCUGAUGUCCGCGGCCGAGGCGACGUCCAACGUCGCCCACGGUACCGUCACCAUGCUGGGGAGCCUGGUGCUGGCUCUGGAGGGCCUGCUCGAGAGCCUGAAGAUGGUGGGUUACCUGUCCAUGCACGUCCUGCUCCGCGGGAAGGAGCACCUGUGCCGGGGUCUGCUCUCCGUGCUGGAGGGCUGCGGCAUCGCCGUCAGCCUGGUGGUCUACUUCACCAACACCGUGGUCAACUUCGCCCUCAUUGCCACCCAGAACGUCUACAGCGUGGUGGUCAGCGUGUGGCAGACGGUGUCCAGCCCGCUGCAGACCGUGCUGGAGCUCACGCUCACCUCCUUCACCUUCCUGUACAGCAGCUUGGUGGGGACGUCCGCCUUCCUGUGGUCACCGUGUAAACUGAUGCUGGACUUUUUGGUCUCGCUGAUUCACAUGUUUGUCAGCGUCUUCAUAUUGAACAUCUACGGUCUCCUGCUGAGUGUCACCAUUGCUCUAACCACCACCGCCUACCUGAAUCCGGAGCUGACCCGUCAGACUGCCGUGCGAAUCGGAGAUUACGUUAACCUUUCCCCUGCCUUGCACAGACUCAAUCUGGUUUACCGCCGACUGGCCUCGGCCGUGCAGGACGCCCCGCUUUUUUUACGUGGUGCCAUUCAGCGCCUGCAGAGAAUGUUCCUCCACCUCUGCCUGCUGGAAAGAGGGCUUUGGCAGAAGCUGUCCCGACUUAGCAGCCAGCUGGGUUUAGCUCUGAGGACGGUGCUCGGCGGGGACAACAACGGCCGAGUACGAGGCGACGGCGACCCCCGAGAGGACAGGCGGGACCCACCAGAUGGAAGAGCGGGGGACGGAGCCCACCAGGAGAUGCUCGACUUAGUCUUCCCGUCGUCCAGCGUAGACCGACCGCUAAACAAGCUGUCGUCCUCGCGCAAAGAUGGCAAACCUCUGCCUGCUAUGAAUCUGCUGACUCUGCUGAAGGAGCAGGAGGACAGGAAGAAGUGUGUGAUCUGUCAGGACUGUUCCAAGACGGUGGUGCUGCUGCCUUGCAGGCACCUCUGCUUGUGUAGAGACUGUACGAACAUUCUGUUGAGGCAGCCCUUAUAUCAACAGAACUGCCCUCUAUGUCGACACAUGAUCCUCAACACUAUGGACGUGUAUCUAUGAAGGACGGCUGUGUGGACUCUGGGCGGCUGACCACGGGGAACACCCCAUCAGUAUUUGUGCUUAAAGUUUUACCAACACUGACAUUAAGGUGAAUGAGCUUCGCUUUUCCUAGUUUGUGUUAGAGGAAGUUCGGUAAUCCUGUUCGUUUUUUUUUCUUUCUUGCUGUCAACAAUAAGUCCAAAAGAAUCAUGUCAGUCCGUCCUUUAAUACUUUCCUGCUCUUCUACCCCGACGGCUGGCGGUCAGCCCCAAAACCUUUUUGUUAAAGAUGUAACAUUCUAGAUGUUUCUCUGAAAAGUCUCACUCCAACAAUGCAAAGUGUACGAAAUGGGAUUUUUUUGGCUUCACGGACAAUUUCCGCCUUUAAUGUCAAUCUAUUGUUGGUGAUGGAUUUAUUGAGAAACUAAAGGUAGAACAGAAAAACCCAAAACAAAAACACACACCGUGUCCAACUUCUCAUGACAAUCAACAACUGUACACUAUUCUAUAUAUUAAUACUAUUCUGUUUUACAGUCUGGCAAUGCUGUUUCAACUAAGGGAACUGGAAAUAACAUACUACACACGCUGUUGGAUAUGAAUCAAACUCCAGUAGCAAAAUGCCUCUAAUGCCACUAAUCUAUAAUACCUGUUUGUUGUCGCCCUUCACUUACCUGCUCAUCCUAUGCAUUGCAUUCUGGGAGAAUAGUGAACGCACAACACUAAGAGUCGGUUUGGGCAGUGUGUGUUUGUGACACUACUACAGUUUGUUUUUGACACCUGUUUAGAUUUUCCGGUUGUUGCCACGUUGAGUCUCAGGUCUCGUUGCCACGGUUACCCGCCGGUUCCCUGCCUACCGCCGCUCAAGUCUUAAAAUGUUGUGCUUUCAGUGAGACAAGCUGUGCCGAAGAGGAAACUAACACUGUGCUCUGUUGCAUGGGUUUCUAACGGAGUGACUGCUGUGUGUGUGAUGACCCCCUGCCUGUUUCGUUCUAUUGUUAAAACCAUUUCAGAAAAAUGUCACCACUUCUCACAGAGCCACGUAAAGAAGGUUUUCUGUGUUUAACGAACGUGAUGUGUACUUUUCCAGUCAGGCCUGAUUUACCAGCUUUAUUCCAGGUGUUCUAUUGAUAGAGCUUAUUCCAGUCAGAGGCACAUUAGAGUCGCCUCCAACACGGAAUCCAUAGCAGGUUUCCCCUUCCCUUUGUCAUUUCAACAACCUAAAUAAGGCAUUCAAAUCAAAUUUGCUUUUUUUUUUUUAUUUGUUCUUGGUGAAACGGAAGUGUCUAUUGAUUGGUGUUUACAGGGCAGAGUUGUGACCGCUCCAUGGUUGAUAGUGUACGAAGUCUUUUUUAAUAGUUUGUUUGAUUGGGCUAAUUAGUUCACUGCAUUGUUUUUAGACCAAAUACUGACAGUAUGAGAGGCUCUAGGCAUUAUUGACCAUUUCUAAAAUGCCAGUGGCAUUCCUAAUGUAAGAUUAGCAGUGAACUGAAAACAGCUCCCGUGACCAUCUCUUGUUAUCUGCAGUUUGUGUGACUCAACUUGGGACAAUGUGAAUUGAAUACAUGAAUGUAACUAGUUUUCUAAAUACUAUGACUGCCACAUAACGGCAAGUGUUCUGUUUAUAAUAAAACAACUGAAACUGAUUUAUUAUUAA